GCCUAGGCUAGGCCUGGCUGCUAGCCUAGGCUGCUGCUAGUGCUACUACCGGUAGUAGAUCAUUCUACUGUCCGUUGACCGUGCAUUGGGGACGGCGAGGCUUCCCGCACCGCGAGCCUACACUACACUCUACAGCGACACAGCCAUGAUGUUGUUCCUUCCCAUCCUCCAACUCACUGACUUAUUAUUGUCGUGAAUUAUAAUAUCGGCCUCUGGAUAUUAUCCUUCUCUCUUUCUCCUUGUUUACCGUCAGCGUGGAGUCGGUUUUUGGACGCGCAGCUUCCGGGCCUUGACAUCUUCGACAUUGCCAUCGGCCCAUCGGAAUUGCACUGUUGUCUCUCAGACUCUAUACUAUAGCCCACAGGCAAAAUCGACCUGUCGUCUGCAUUGGUUUCCUCCAUAUCGUUCCGGCGGUGCCAACGCGAGCAAGCCGUACAGCAAUCGGCGCCGGCGAGCGCAGCGAGGCGGGGACCUUUCUCAAAGCAGCUGCUCGUCGAAAUAAUUAAUUACUGAGCGCUUGAAGGCCGGUGAGAAGACAAACAACCCUACACAGUGAGAAUCAGCGUCAGUACUAUUACUAGCGAGCAAGUUUGUGAGUGCCGGUAUCGACAGUAAUUUUGUUCAACAUGGAUGCCAGCCAGUUUCGACCGUGCCCCCAGGACGUUCUCCUCCAGCUUCAGAAGCUAGAAGACCUUCGCAAGCGAUGCGUCCUGCUUGUGAAGGUGCGGGUGGACGAGUUCGUCGUGAAGUUCGUUGGUGAAGACAAUUACACGGUGAAGGUUGGCAAGGCACAUUGGUGCACGUGCGGGAUGUACAUGACCAAUCAGGAGAUAUGCGGCCAUAUAAUCUGGACGCUACAUGAAUAUUACAAGUUGGAUCCAAGAGAUCGCCGGAUCUGGCAAUAUGGAUUGUCACGAAGUGAACUGGCAGCUUUAGAGAGAGCAAGGGACCGACAUUCAGCUGCGCCUCACAGGCAACGAGAAAUGAUGCCCAGGAAACGCCAGCCCCUGAAAAAGGGCGACUCGUGUCCGAUUUGCUGUGACACGGUGGAGCCCAGCCGUGCCUAUGAGAUCACUUUCUGCAGGCGCUGUGGCACGAACAUGCACGUGUGGUGUAUAGACCGCUAUCGCUUGGCUUGCCGACGGCGUUUUGAUCUGGAUGAAGAUGCGACGAUGAACUGUCUGAAUUGCCCCCUGUGCCGGCAGACCUUUUCCACCCAUCAGGAGUUGGACAAGGAUGUACGCAGGACCAUAUGUGUCGAGCUGCGGAACCAGUAUCAUGCUGUGUUGAAGACAAAUGCGCAGCGUCUGUACUUCAAGUGUGACCGGUGUGGCAGAAACACACCGCUGUGUCAGUAUCGGUGCAAGCGCUGCAACGACUUGGUCCUCUCCAGCGCGUGCUACCCAAAGUGUGCUACCAAUGAAGGAGACGACCUGGUUCGCAAUGAGCAGCCGGAGCCUGAACCACGAAACAAUGCUAUCGAUAUGGGUCGUUUUGACCAUGAACUCUCGGCGGAUGACUACCACAAUAUCGUGGAUAGGGAGAGCGAAUGGUCGAGCAAUGUCGCCUUAGACACCAUUCUUCACAUUGACGUCAGCAAUUUUAGUAGCAACAGUUUUGAUGACAGGUAUGCUGCAAUCCCGUCUACAUAUACGUCAGCAGUGCCAUUGUCCUCCGUGUCAACUAUACCACAUGGUUGGGCAGUGAUCGGCCGCAUACUACAUCAUGUUCCUCCCUUCAGACCCGCGCCAGCUGCCGCCCGUCCAGGACCAGCAGCACAACCUCCAGCUAACCCCCAACAUCCGCUGGCGGCUAAAGCUGGUCGUCACGCCUCAGCAUCAACGGUGACACGGAGCGCUCUGCAACAGCAGCAGCAGCAGCGGCGAUGGCGGCCAGUGGAGGAGCAGACGGCGCCACAAACACAUCCGGCCGCUGCCGCACCAAUCCCUAACGACACGUAUUCAGAUUUGAGCGGCUCAAGCGGGUUGGUGGGGUCCAGUCCUCCUCUGGUACUUCCCGCAAUACUGUCAUGCUCGCUUGUAUCCAUGCCACCACUGCCGACGGCAGCAUCUCCAGAAAGCACGAACAGCAGCAACUCAGAACUGGAAUUGGCCCACACAAUCUCAGCAAUGUGUAGUAGCAUGGCGGAGAGCAUAUCCUCUACAGGACAACAACACGGAACUUCAGCAGCGGAAGUUGAGAACGACCCGAUGAUGAAAGACCCCGAAGCCGUAGUAAAGUCAACCAGCCUGGCAACCCCGCAAGCCACCGCUGCCAUAUCAGCACCAACAGUAUCGAGUGGUGCUGGGUCAGAACCACGCAUUUAUGUGGGCCAACUACGAGUUCGUUACGGCCGCCGUAUCCACCUGCCGGAAAGACUGAGCUCGAUAACACGAUACUUCGCCGAGUUAGUUCAGCUGCCAAGCACAGUGCGUGUUCAAAACGACUCCCAGGACAUAUUUCCGUACCGGAUCGCCGACGAUAGCUCCAAGUAUUGUUACGGUAAAGAGACUGGCCGCCGCUGCAGGCACUGUCGGGGAAGUUUCCAGCACCCCGACUGCUUUGUCGUACCGCACCCUGGAUGUUACUUCCAUCAUCGCUGUGCCUAUGAAGCAUUUCACGAGAGCGUAUUUUGCCCACUUGAUGGACUGCCUCUGGUGGAAUUUGUGAAAAAUAUCGACGUUUGCUUGGAGUUGCUGAAGAAAUACAGAAUCUUCGAUGCAUCUGAACAGACGCUGGCUGCUAAGUGCGCGGCGUGCCGUUCUCGACUCUCCAAGCCGUCCAAAUCGAACUUUGUCGUGGCAGAGUGUGGUUGUAUGAUGCACUUGCAGUGUGCUGUGGACCAGCUGCAAAGAUACAACGUGUGCCCAAAGCAUCACACAAGAUUGGUUGACGGUUGCCUAAGGCGGGAAGCGGCACCACCAGAAACAGCUGUUCCACAAUUAGUUGAGCAAGCGCAACAGGAGGAGAGAGUGACUAGUGUACCUGUCGCGGAGGUACAACGGGCUGCUAGAAGGCAAGCGGGAACAGCUGGGACAGCUCCUCACUUCCUUCCUUACAUCAAUGCCAGUCAGCUGACUGCACAGUACGUGCCAAAGUCCAGCUCAAAAGCAGCCGCCUCUUCUCAACAAACUGCGGCGGGGCCAGCAGAAAAGCCUCCCCGCAUUCCGAAAGGCCUACGGAUUGAGAGAUAUGGAAAAGGCCGAGUUUACCAUUCUAUGUACCCAAUCUUGAUUGCUCCACCGUGUGUGGACGAUGCUGCUCCGGGAACAUUCCGUCGCUUAGAGCCCAGUGAAAUUCCAAUACUACACUUACCCUGGACAGGAACGGACCUCAUAUACCUAGACCACCUCUGCUCAACGGAUAAAAGUGGUGUCUCUGCAGACAACUCUGACUUUGUAGAAGACGAUCAUGAUUGGCAUCGCAAACACGUCGGGAAAUUUGGUCUGUUGGAUGUCAGCAAGAAAGCCGCCGACUCUAUGCCGUCAGGAGAUGGUCGUGCAAGUCGUGGCAGUGUUGGAACAAGUGCAGGCCAGCAGCCACGCACAACCACUGUACCAGCAGCUGCUGCUGAUGCUCCACAACAGCAGAGUGGACACUUUGCUCAACCCCCGAACUUGCCUCCAGUCCAAGAGAACCAAAUUCUGGAGGGAGGUGCUGGAUUAGGAGAAGGGCCGGCCAUUCCUCAGCAUAAUCCUUUCAGUCCGUGAACAAAGCUGCAACUUUUCCUAAUGAUGACAGUCAUCCUUUCAUGCUGGAUCCCACACACUCUCACUGUGGAUGGAUUUGCGUAUAAUGGGACUUGAUCAUGUUCUUUAUGACGGGUCGAGUGGACUAGUGGAUUCUGCCCUCCCUCGAUCAGCUAAGAUGCGACUUGAUCAUCACAUUGAUCAUGUGACAUUGCCUUCCCCUGAUCAUGUGAUACUACCUGCCCCGUAUCAUGUGACAAACCCUUCACUUGAUCAUGUGACACUGCCUGCCCUUGAUCAUGUGACACUACCUUCCCUUGAUCAUGUGACAUUGCCUGCCCUUGAUCAUGGGACACUACAUACCCUAGCUUGAUCAUGUGACACUGCCUGCCCUUGAUCAUGUGACACUACCUGCCCUUGAUCAUGUGACACUACCUGCCCUUGAUCAUGUGACACUACCCGCCCUUGAUCAUGUGACGCUACAUGCCCUUGAUCAUGUGACACUGUCUUCCCAUGAUCAUGUGACACUACCCACCCUUGAUCAUGUGACACUGCCUGUCCUUGAUCAUGUGACACUACCUGCCCUUGAUCAUGUGACAAUGUCAAUGCAUUCCCUUGAUCAUGUGAUAUUGCCUGCCCCUGAUCAUGUGACACUACAUGCCCUUGAUCAUGUGACACUACCUGCCCUUGAUCAUGUGACACUGCCUUCGCUUGAUCAUGUGACACUGCCUGCCCUUGAUCAUGUGACACUACCUGCCCUUGAUCAUGUGACACUGCCUUCACUUGAUCAUGUGACACUGCCUGCCCUUGAUCAUGUGACACUACCUGCCCUUGAUUAUGUGACAAUGCAUUCCCUUGAUCAUGUGAUAUUGCCUGCCCCUGAUCAUGUGACACUACAUGCCCUUGAUCAUCUGACACUACCCGCCCUUGAUCAUGUGACACUGCCCUACACUUGAUCAUGUGACACUGCCUGCCCUUGAUCAUGUGACACUACCUGCCCUUGAUCAUGUGACAAUGCAUUCCCUUGAUCAUGUGACAUUGCCUGCCCCUGAUCAUGUGACACUACAUGCCCUUGAUCAUGUGAUACUGCCUGCCCUUGAUCAUGUGAGACUGCCUGCCCUUGAUCAUGUGACACUGCCUGUCCUUGAUCAUGACUCAUGUAACACUGCCUGUCCUUGAUCAUGUUACCCUUCAUGCCUUUGAUCAUGUGACACUACAUGCCCUUAAUCAUGUGACACUGUCUUCCCUUGAUGACACUACCUGCCCUUGAUCAUGUGACACUACAUGCCCUUGAUCAUGUGACACUGCCUUCACUUGAUCAUGUGACACCACCUGUCCUUAAUCAUGUAGCAAUGCCUUCCCUUGACCAUGUGACAUUGCCUGCCCUGAUCAUGUGCCUGCCCUAGAUGAAUUAUUACAUGUGCCUGCUGAUGUGUGGACUUCAUGUGGCACCAAGUCCUGACCCGAGUACACUACCUUGUAGAACUGAACUAUUUGCACGGAAUCGAGCAAACGGAACACUGGAGUAGAGCAGAGUGUGUCCACAAAACACGUUAGACCACAAUAAUCCCCUCACGGUGUUGCUGUCGUAAGCAGUGCUAAUUCCCCGGCUAAGCAUAACAGCAAUAUGGAUUUAUGCAGCAUGUGUAACGCCUGACGCGGCGAAGAAAAUUUAUUUGUGGGAGCACGGAGCCAUAAUAUAUAUAUAUAUAUACUUUCACAUACUGUAUGUAGUAGACUACCCAUAACUCUCUCGCUAUGCUCGGUUAGCCUGCUUCCCGCAUUUUGGAGCGUUAUGUUGUGUAGCCAUGUCUGCAUCAAUUGUAGUCUUUAAAAUUGCUCUAAUUAAUUUUUAUUCAAUCAUGUAUCUACUUGCAUGGGUGUCUUCACGACUCUCUUGUGUUUCUUGCGCACCCGAUUUCUGUUCUGCGUGGAAAUUUUUUGGCACUGUUUGUGAUUUUUGCAUGCGUGAAUUGACUGCAUGCUGCUGGAAUGAGGCGCCGCGACAACACUAAAAUAAUUUAAUUUAAUGUUUUAAUACAAGGCCCAUGGCACGACUUAUCGUUUCCGAGCAUUAUCAGAGCCUUCUCAGCCUUCUUCAUGUUUCUUCUUUCCCUUUUUUUAUGAACUUGC